UUCACAUGAUAGAACUUGACACUGUUAUGAUCGAUCUGCAGUGGCCGUAUACUUUGGCCUCGACAUUUGAGUAACGUUCGUUCAUUACGCGUAGAGCCGCAUGCUUCGGGCUUGCUGGUAUCAUGCCUCAACAAUGCACAUGGACAAAUGUCUACCUUUCUACAACCAUACCUGCGACUGGCUUGGUGCUGCCAUCUGUCUACAUGACAUCAAGGCCUAUACAACUGCAGUCACUAUAUCUCAUCAACACUUUCGGCUUCUCAAUUUGGACUCUCACUCGUCAUUUCGAAAAUCAGGCCUACAGCACCCAUUAUUAUUCUUCAUGUUUAUCAGCAUCUGUAUCGCGUGUCUCGUCUUACUUUCCGUUACACUUUCGCGGUACGACAGUAAUCUAACUGUGCAUGAGCUGUAUACGGUAUCGAUGGAACAUUGAAGUAGAAGUCAUAUAUUUUGUAGCUACAUAUAAUGGUCUCAACCUAGACCUCAGGAGAAAAUC